AUGGCACCCAGACACAGCUUUUUGCUGAAACAGCAAAAUGUCCUGGAAAACCCAAACGUCGUGCCUCGUUCAAGAUGCACCGAAAGCUGUCGCCCUGGAUAUGCCAGAGUGGCUAAAGAAGGGGAGGCCGUUUGCUGCUAUGAUUGUGCUCCUUGUGCGGAAGGGACCAUCUCCGUUCAGGAAGAUGCAAAGCAUUGCACCAGAUGCCCAGAAGAUCAGCAUGCAAAUCAAGCAAGAGACAAAUGUGUCCCCAAGACUAUAACAUUUCUCACUUAUGAAGAACCCUUGGGGAUUGUCCUGGGGUCCUUUGCCCUCUUCUUGUCCUUGACCACUGGCAUUGUGAAAGGAAUCUUCAUUAAAUACAAGGAAACUCCCAUAGUCAAAGCUAACAAUCGGGACUUAUCCUAUAUCCUCCUCAGCUCCCUCCUGCUUUCCUUUUUGUCCUCCUUCCUGUUCAUCGGCCGGCCAAGGAAAGUGACCUGCCUUCUCCGACAAACAGCCUUCAGCAUCAUCUUCUCGGUUGCCGUCUCUUCUGUUUUGGCAAAAACCAUCACUGUGGUGCUGGCCUUCCUGGCCACAAAGCCAGGGAACAAGGUGAGGAGAUGGCUGGGGAAGAGUCUGGCCAACUCCAUUGUCCUUUCCUGUUCCGGUAUCCAAAUUGUCAUCUGCACCAUCUGGCUGGGAAUCUCCCCACCCUUCCCAGACUCCGACAUGCACUCCCAAGCUAGAGAGAUCAUCCUUCUAUGCAAUGAAGGAUCUGUUGCCAUGUUCUACACUGUCCUUGCUUACAUGGGCUUCAUGGCUGCCAUCUGCUUCACAGUGGCUUUCCUAGCCAGAAAGCUUCCUGGGUCCUUCAAUGAAGCCAAGCUGAUCACCUUCAGCAUGCUGGUUUUCUGCAGUGUUUGGGUGUCUUUUGUUCCCACCUACCUAAGCACCAAGGGGAAGUUCAUGGCCUAG